AUGAAACUGUUCGAAGCAAGCAGCACACUUCUGUUCGUCCUCAUUCUGGGGUUGGUUUGGAGUGAACAGCUGGAAGAAGACAACGACACAAACGAUCUAGAAACGGCCGAAUCUGCGUUCCAUAUUGAUCCAAAAACCGUGAUCUUUACCGGACUGGCCGGCAUCGGUGCCCUAGUAGUUAAGGGGAUCGGUCUAGGAGUCGGUGCUGGAAAGCUUUUCCUGCUAGCGAAACACGCCGGAAACUCACACAACUCGGGCUGGGAUAGUUCGUCUUCAUCCUACUCGUCGCAUCCGUCGUACCCAAGCUACAAAUCCUACUCCAGCAGCUACUCAUCGUCCUCCUCCAGCGAGUCGAAGCCGUCGUCGUACACCGGCAGCCUGAAGGUGUCUGGUUCGCUGACGCCGGUGAGUUCCCAAUCGUCGUCCGACUCGGCCGGUUCAUCUACGUCCGCCCCUGCCAAGACGAGCCUUUCGCUCGAUGACGUAGACGAUCCACUGCCUGAAAACUGA